UGCUGCGCCCUUACAGUUGAAACCGGCAAAGCAGAGAUCGAUGUGAAAAACAUAUCUCACGUAUCUGACGUGCUGACUGUCUACACUGGAAUUGUCAUCGGCCAAGACAGCGAUAUCAUUCGCCUCGUGCACUAUACCACUCAAAAAUGA